GGGAAAUGUUUGCUGCAUCUCAUUAAACUUAACAGAUACAAUACUGCUGGCUACAUUUCAGUAAGUCUUCCUGUAUCUCAUGACAUCUACAUGGAUUGUUAGAUGAACCAAAAGAGAUUCAAUAUUAGAAGAUAACAAAAACAGUAAGAAUAUCACUGACCAGAGAUAUAAUAUUAAAAUGGAAAAUGGAAAACAGUCAGAUUAAGAGAGCUAGUGAGGGUGUGUGGUGGCCAGAGACAGCCUUCACUAGCAAACUUAAUGAUAUAACUCAAUAUUUCAUGGUCCUAACUCGUCUCUAACUUGACAGCUCUAAUCUCCAGGACGGAACAUAAGUGAAUUGAUGCCUGCAGUUCUUAAGAGAUGCUGAAGUGCAAGUUUUCUGUAAGUAAACCAAGGGAUGGACAGAGGUGGUGGCCAUGCCUCAGCCAUUAUGUGAUUUAUUUGUUAAUUAUAAGCCAGAUAUGUCACAGAAUGGAGGCACAUGCCUGGUCUUUCAUGUCAUCUGUUACAAUACCUCCGCUUUCCCAGCUUUGUGUGUCAGGAAGGCCAAGUAAGGUGAAAUAGCUGGCGGUGGCUGACUCUCCUGGGCAGCCAUCUUGAUGAUGUCAUCAGCAGGUUCAGCCUGCAUCAGCCCUGCCAGUUCCAACCAUACCUUCUCUCAACCAAACUAACCUUACUUUCCUUUAAACCCUCCUGCCUGACCUCCACCCAGAUAUAAUAGCAGAACAGACCUCAAUGUGCUGGGAAAUCAUUGGAUCUCAACAGCCAGCAAAGAGCAAGGCAGGCAGGAUGCAGCCAGGGGAAGUGUUCCAUCUCUACUCCUCUGAGGUGCACCAAGCCAUGAGUGCCUUCCCUGUCCCUGAGAUCAUGAGAAUUCCACUGGAGCAUGUUAUUCUUCACUGCAAGGUGAGGUGUGUUGACCCAGUUCUGUCCAUCUCGGCAUCCCGGCAGCAUAGACCUCUGCUCCAAGACACGAGAAGUCAAGGCAAAGGCUGACCCGACUUGUGACCUCUAGACCGCCAGACAUGUAUCCGGCCAGUCCCAGACUAGGCCUGGCGCACCUCGGGGCCUCCACCUUCUUUGCCUCGGCUCAUCCCAGUGAGUCGUGCGGUAGCAACGGCCUGCCACUCACGCCCAACUCCAUCAGGAUCUAUGGGCAGGCCAGGGCGCUGCAGCUCAUCAACCACCCACACUUGUGCUCCUAUGUGGACAUCCACCGCGGCAAGCAUGAGAGGAUCAUGGUGAUCCAGGAGUACUACUUACUGAACCUUCGGGCAGCUGCCCACAAGUACCCACAGAUAAGGAGUCCCCAGGGCCUGGCCAAGCUGGCACACCAGGUGGUGCAAGGCCUGGUGUACCUUAACAAUUUUGGCACUGUGGCGUGCACCCUCAGCCCGGAGAAUAUCCUGAUAGACCCCCGUGGCCAGGCCAAGCUGUACAACUAUGGCCUCUACUACAUGACGGAAGCUGGCACAUCUGUCUCCUUCCCCCUCGGAACAGUGCAGUACACUGCCCCGGAGGUGUUGCUGAUGCUGGCAGGGAGUCAGGAGGGUGGUGGUGGAGUGAGCGGCGCCACAGUGACGGGCAACCCUGUGUGGGACGUGUGGUCGCUGGGCAUGGUGCUGGCUGAGAUCCUGCUGGGCUGCACCUUCUUCUCUGGGUGUAAGGACAUGGAGGAGCUGGUGGGUGAGGUGCUGAGUCUUGCCCUUUCUCCAAAUCCUCUGCAGUACCUGGCACAGUCCCACAAUGCCUGCCACAGUCUUGAGGGUCUGCCGGGGGAGCUGAAGGACUUUGUGAGCCUGUGUCUGACAGUUGGGCCGAGUGAGAGGCCCAUUCCCCGCAGCCUGCUCUCCCACCGCCUCCUCCAGCCCUUUGCCCUCUCUGCUUCCCUUGUCCCUGUUCAUCCUCACUUCCCUGUGGUGGACCCAUCGCUGUGUCUCACUGAUUUUGCCCACUUUAAGGUAAAGUUUGGCAUGAUGGAGAACUCUGGGCCAACCUUGACUGACUACCCACUCCACACUGAGACUGAGGCAUCCCUGGAACUCCCCAAGGAUAGUACAAAGCCACGGCUGAAGAGGGACCAGCUGAGUGAGAGGAGCAUGAGGGAAGUGUACCACCUGUGGCAGUUGGCAGGUGGCAAUGUGGAGCAGGAACUCAAGAAACAGAAGCUCAUAAAGAUCAAGCCAUCCAUCCUCACUCUGCCAAGCAUGAUGGUGGUGGAAGGAGAGGUGUUUGGUGGAGACAUCAGCCGUAGCCAGCAGCUGGAGGCCACCACCAUAGUCCUGCCACUGCACACCCUCCGCAGCAGACUGGCACACAUCCCGCCGGAGAAGUACUACCCUCUCAUAACACAAGGAGAAAGUGGCAUAGAUGAACCUGAGACGAGGAAGCUGCCUCUUGUGAUCCGGGAGCGAGAUGUAGAGUACCAGUUGUACCGCCUGCUGUCCUUCCAGAGGCUGCUGCAGGCUUACCCAUACAAAGCUGACAGCAUUCUGAAGGAGGCGAGGAAGGACACACCGCCUUUUUACCGAGCCCUGGUGUGGGCAGCCUUGCUUAACGUGGAUGGCGCUGUGGCUCACACCUACCAGCAGAUAGACAAGGAGACGCCAACACCGACUGAUAGACAGAUUGAGGUGGACAUCCCGCGGUGCCACCAGUAUGACGAGCUGCUGUCGUCACCACGGGGCCACGCCAAGUUUACCCGGGUGCUGAAGGCUUGGGUGGUGUCUCAUCCCCACCUGGUGUACUGGCAGGGUCUUGACUCCCUCUGUGCUCCUUUCCUCUACCUCAACUUCAAUAAUGAGGCACUCGCUUAUUCCUGCCUGUCUCGGUUCAUUGAGAAGUACCUGCACAAAUUCUUCCUGAGGGACAACAGUGCCAUCAUCCAGGAGUACCUCGCAAAGUUCUCCCACAUGAUAGCCUUCCAUGACCCUCACCUGUUCAAUCACCUUGACAACAUUGGCUUCAUCCCCGAGCUGUAUGCCAUCCCCUGGUUCCUCACCAUGUACACACAUGUGUUUCCACUACAGAAAAUCUUCCUGUUGUGGGACACUUUGCUGCUGGGUGAGGCAUCACUGCCACUGUGUGUGGGUGUGGCCUUGCUGCGGCAGCUCAAGGACAGGCUGCUGCAGUUUGGCUUCAAUGAGUGUAUCCUCCUCUUCUCAGACAUGCCAGACAUCGACAUGGAGCGAGUGGUGCGGGAUUCUGUCCAGGUGUUCCGCUCCACACCUCCCUCUGUCACCUUCAGACAACAUGAACGCCCAAGGCCAGACCCCAACCAGGCCUCUCCUGCCCAUAGUGCAUCACAGGCCAGCCAGCAGGACCUUGUGAUGGACGGGGUGUCUCUGCCAGAGCUGAAGAGAGAGAAGUGUCCCCGGGUGUGUGGUGCUGACCUGCUGGACCUGCACAGCCGGGGAAAAGUGUUGGUGGUGGAUGUACGCUCACCUGAAGAAUUUGCACGUGGCACCCUGGCUGACGCUAUCAACAUGCCGGCCGACACUUCCCUCGGUCCUGACGGCUCCUUGCUCCCAGGGCCCCAGGCGGGGGUGCUCGCCUCCUACCGUAGCAAGAUCAUUGCUGUCAUUGGCUCCCACAACGGCUGGGACCAAGUGGUCAAGUUUGCGGAGGCCAUCCUGGUGCAGGAGUUCCCCCGGGUGUGCACUCUACACAAGGGGGUGGAGGUGUUCCGGGCCAGUGGAGCCCUCGUGGUGCCCUCCUGAGCAGCACCAAGACAAACACUAUACAAGAACUCACAAGGCACAGGUGGUGAGAUGAGUGACUGUACAGACUCAUAUUUAUACCUGUUGGAUAUUUUUAGUUUUGUAUUUUAGUAAAUUGUUUUGGUCACAUGUCACAUUACUACAUUUGACAAAGAAAAGUCACUUGAGAGAUCUGAAGGAGUUACCUAAUACUUUUAUUGAUUUUGUAAUAUAUACUUUGCUUUAAUUACUAAUGAAGCACACGUCAUUGUGUCACCAUAAAGAAACUGCCUAAGUAAGUCUCCUUUUAACUUUUAUAUGGGAAACAGAAAAGUCAAGACAUUUUAGGUGAUAUGUAGUGGCACCAGCUGAGGUGAUAUGUAGUGGCAACAGCUACAGGGAGUCCUUAAUUAUUUCAGGGUUCCAAGCCUACGGUGUGAUGUAACAUGAUUUUCUGCUUAAAGUUGGAUCUCAUAAGGAUCACAUUUGCUGGCAUAUUACACACACUUCUUAAAAAUUAAAUUUAAUAAUUACUAUGCAUCUAAUGCUGCCCUAGUACAGACACCUAAGCCUGUAAGUGCCUAGGUCUAUAGGUGUGGAGUUAAACUAGUAGUACAUCAAGCACAAAUAUUGUUGCUAAUAUUAUUACAUAUAAAAUUCCCUCUCUCUUUUUGUCUUAAAACUCUGGCCCUCCCUGGCAUACAUUUGGCAAAUGUUUAUUAACACAUCUUUCUUCCUUGUAUAGAACCCAUAUAGCAACCACAACAUGCCAUAGGUUAAUAACAUUGCAAAUUGAGGAGCCCCUGUACUGCCAGACUGCCAGCAGGUGCACCACAUGAUGAGUGGAUUCAAAUAAAGAUGACUUAGGCAGCUUGCUUUUGUGGAUGACAUCUUUCUGUUUCAUUUUACGUUUUCUUUCUUGGAGCAGUACACAGCCAACUAACACUCAGUAGUGAUGCUUGUGACGUCUUCAGUAAUCGGUGCCCAGAAUUUCCUAAACAAAGCCUGACCAUCUUCAGUUCCUUCACAGUUUGGUCUACCUUGAUCUGCAGUAUUAUGGGCAGUGCCUUCAAAGCACUCAUAAUGCUGAGGUAGAGAUUUGAUUCUUGGGAAGAUGUAGAAGCAAGAGAUUCUUAUUAGGUCACAGCUGGUAGUACAAAGAUUGACCAAAACAGAGUGAAUGUGCCUACUCUGUUCACUCCACCUCCCUUCAUUCCUGAGGCUAAAAUGGAGACUGUACUGUAUGAUUAGUCAGGUUAUUUUGUCUGAUGUUGGUUGGUUGUGUCAUCUCAGGCUUCAUUCCACUUGUUGGCCAGAGAUAGUGAGGGUUAAUGUAGAAUUGUGUAAAUAUUUAACACUUGUUUAAACUGUAUGUCAGAUAUCUCUGAAAUUCUGAGAUUAAAUGUGUUGAUUAGAAACACAGUAAAUGCACAUUUUGAAAGUUUAUUUAUAUUUAUAACUUAAGUCUAAUCAUUAAAGCAUAAAUAGUCUCUUUAUAUUGCCUGUAAAUUCUGUGAAACUGUGGAAUUGUUUUGUAUAAUUUAAGCUACCUUCCUACAUCAUCAUUCCCUUCUCCAUCUACCACUGUCACCACUUACUCCAUUGAAAUAAAUAAAUUUUCACA